AUGCUGCAUGCAACGCGAGAUGCGCUUAAAAGGUGCAGUGGAGCGUUGUGGAGCUGGUCAGCAGCGCAAGUUCGUCAGCUACAACCGCUUUCUCGCCAAGCUUGCGCCAUGCGCUGCGUCUGCGGAACUCGAAGCGUGUACCGUCUUCCACUACACCAAACAAGUUGUUCUCGGGACUGUGGGGCACGUUCAUUACGUGGGACAGCAGAGGACGAACGCGUCAGUGGGCAGCUAGAUUCUUUGCUCUGGUCAAGGCUCGUACAAACGGUUUCAGCAAAGGACUCCGAGCAGGACGCUGCUGUCGCACGGGAUCCAGACAACGUGGGGUCGUCGACGCCACCGCCACCGCCACCGCCACCGCCACUGAGCAGCGUGCCGCUCUGGCGACAGCUCAAAAUACGGUGGCACCUGCUGCAGCUGCAGCGAGUCUGGCCCCCACCGGUCUUUUCUCCGGAUGAGUUUUUGAAGGGCGCACAGUUCGCUUUCCAACGCGUCUGCGCGGCUUUGAUCGAGAAGGAUAUCGAUGCGCUCGGGGAUGCUGUAAGCGAUCAGGUGGCGAAGGCUCUCCGAGAGACCAUUGAAGCAUAUGAGCGUGAGAACAUGAAUGUGACCAUGCAGGUCGAACAAGUAGGAGGCGCUCAGAUUGUGAAUACCUACGGUCGCUACGAUUUCGAGAGACGCUUGUUCGUUGACAUUGAUGUGGAGUUCGUUGCCUGCUUCUCAACGAUUUGGAAGAAGCCAGAUGGGUCCCUUCUGAAGCAUGAGCAGAACGUCUGGCGCAAACCCGUAUGGUGUUUUGAAGCGCUGCUCGCAGAACGAAUCGACUCGCCCAGCAGUGGCCUCGGUAGCAUCGGAAUGCCGCAAAUGCGGAUCGCACCUGAACCCGAAUGGCAGCUGGUGCACAUCCUGAACUAG